AUGCCCCAGCGGUCGCCACCCAGCUUGCUUCAUCCGCACCCUGUCCACUACGCCCCCGGGCCAUUCCCCAUCUUUCGUGACGAUCCAAUCGCUCCCCCGCGGCCAUCUGGACCGAUCGCCCCCAUCGCUCGCCCUCACGUCGCUGGCCCAAUCGCUCCCCUCGCUCCCUCGCAUAGUACCGCUCUGCAGGCGAUGACCCGUACUCCUCCCGAGGGCUGGCUCGCAAUACAGUACGACGAUCCCUACGCUCCGUACGGCAACGUCCAGGCAGAACAACUCGGUCUCUGGACCACGGCCAAGGACCCCGCGUGCGACAAGGGGAACUACGGCCGCCUAUGUGCGGCAGCCGAGAUCCUGAAGAACGAGUACGACGCCCCUGACGCAACCAUCACCCAGCCGAUUGCGGCGAACCCUCAACCACGUCCUAACGCUGAACCACACUACUACCGCGUCGGCAAUCUCACUAUCGCUCAGCGCGAUCGGAUCCUGCGCAAACAAUGGAGCUCCACGACGUACGGAACCUUCGGCGCCGUCCCGGCUCCGCACGAUCCCCCUACGCUCGUCGCCAGCUUCCGCCACCCGGAGCGUCUGGGCGUAGUCACGGAGGACGGUAUGGCGGCUGAAUUCCGCAAAGGGUUCGAAUCCGAGGAACUGUCCAGACGUACCGUCGUCUUCAUCGAGUCGGACAUCCGCGCAGACGGACGCUGGCGCCAUCUGACGGUCGCUGAAGCCCACCGGCUCAUCCUCGAGUCAAUCCGCGUCCGCAAGAUCACCAUUCGCGACGGACGCGAAGAAGAACUCAUCGCGCUCCUCUACAUCGAAUCACCAACCGCAGACGCCGCCGAGUGGAUCAACUUUCGUGACUGCGUCCGCUCGCAUGUCUUCGGGGGUCCAUACGCUGGCCCUCCUGAGGUGCUUAAGUCGUCCUUCUUUUGUAUGUACUGCCAUACGGUUGAUCACCCAACCGCUGCAUGCACGCUACCGGCUACCCCCGGCUGGCACGGCCCUUCUCUGGACGAAGUCCGCGCAGCUCUAGCCGACAACCGUCGAGGACAGGAAAACGGGCAGCGAGGACGCGGAGGCAGAGGUGGACGCGGAGGACGAGGAAAUCGAGCUCGCGGCAACGGUAGUCGCGGGCGUCGCAACGGUGCUGGCCCCAGCCAGCAUGCCUAG